AUUUUUCUUCUCCUCCCACGAAAUACAGAGUCAAGAAGGAGAAUUUUCAUCAAACUGCAAUACAUUUAUCAAAUUGAACAGAAACCUACCCACUUUUUCUUUUCUUAUCUCUGCGCAGUUUCUUCGGGAAACAAACGCAAAUCCAAGAAGAAGGAUGCAGGAGAGUGCUUACAUUAAUCGAAUUGAAAUUAAACCCUCUUCUCCUACUUCAAGUUUCUCAAUUUUCAUGAUGGAACAAAGUGAUGAUUCUUUUAGGAAUCAAAUUUCAGCUCUUUUGCGAGUUAUAAAUGUAACACGAUUCUUCAAAGAGGACAAUGUUCCUUGCCAAAUUGAAGAGGGUCUUUUUUUGGGCUCAAUUGGAGCUGCUAACAACAAGAAUGCACUGAAGAGUUCUAACAUCACCCAUGUUUUAACUGUCGCUAGUUCACUGAGACCUGCACAUACAAAUGACUUUGUGUACAAAGUCAUUCCAGAUACAAAUAUAACUCAGUACUUCGAUGAGUGCUUUGAUUUCAUCGAUGAAGCCAAACAACGGGGUAGUGGUGUACUUGUUCAUUGCUUUGUCGGAAGGUCGAGGAGUGUGACCAUAGUUGUUGCAUAUCUUAUGAAGAAACGUGGUAUGAGCCCAUCACAAGCGUUGGAAUAUGUUAAGAGCAAACGACCACAAGCAGCACCAAAAUCUGGUUUUCUUUCACAAUUGCAAGAGUUUGAGAAAUCACUUCAAGGUGCAUAAAUCAUGUAAACUACAAUUACACUUGUUUUGAGCUUAAGGAAAAAAACUUACAUGACAAAAUCCCAAAAUUGUAUUCUGUUACUAUCUAUGGAACUCUGCUUAUCAGAAAAGUUUGUAUCAUCAGAUUCUUGUUCUCUUCGUCUUGUUGUCAUCAAACUCCCAAAAAGCGUCCUCCACAUUGUAAAAUUUUUUUAGAGUACGUUUUGCAAUAACUCGAACAGAAAGCUCCUUGUGUAUCUUGAUUCAAGAAAUCUAUUGAAGGAAA